AUGGAUUUGAAAGCGAUGGAGGUUUAUAAAUAGGAAUAGAAAAGUUAUUAUGGAAUAGAAUAGAAUAGAGUUGAGUUGAAUAGAAUAUUAAAUUAUAGUAUAUACUAUUAUUAUAUAGAUAUAGAAAAUAGAUAUUAAUUGAAAUGGCUACAAAUUCGUAUUUUAAAGAAAAGGACAAACGGUUUUCAGAUAAUAUUGAGACGUAUGACAUUCACAUUUAUUAUAAUUUAAAGAAUGAGGGAGAUAAUAAGAAAAUUGAUGAGUUGUUGGGGUUGAUUAGAAGGGAGUUUUGGAGAGAGAUUGAGGAAGAAAAGAGUUUGUUUAUCAAAGGAAAAAGACAGGAGCUACAGCCCAUGGGCCCUCAUCCAGUAGCAAUGGUUGAGAUUGAUUUUUAUAGUCGAGAGACGUUUGGAAAGAUAGUGCCAUUUUUGCAGCUUAAUAAUUUGGGGUUGGAUAUAUUGAUUCAUCCUAAUACGGAAUUGGGAGGGUUAAUUGAUCAUACACGACAUGCGAUGUGGAUUGGGCAUAAGCAGAGGUUGGUGUUGGAUGUGUUUUAGAGGUGUAUUGGAUGUGUUUUAAAGAUGGAUUGGGAUUAAUUGAGUUUAGUUUGUUGGUUAAUCGAGAUUGAUAAGUUUGAUAUAAUUUUUGGGAAUGUAGCCAAUUUGGCCAGAUUUUGAUCUGCAUUUUAGCCAAUUGUUGUUAUUGAUAUGAUCAGUGUUAUCUAGAAUGGCCAAUAAAUCGUCUUUUUUAAAGGAUAGUUCAAUUGUAGAGUCUGAGGAAGAGUAAUCGUAUAAUGCUUUACAAAAUUUGAUGUUAAUUUUAGUGUCGAUAUUCGUAUUAGUAUUAGUAUUGGUAUUGGGGUUUGAAGUGGUGAGAGAAGCAGUGUUGUUUGAGGAGUUUAAUCUUUUUGCGUAGAUUAGUAGUUUGUUCAACAAGUAAGGGAUUAGUAGAGUG